UUACCUCACACCGAGAAAAAAAUAGAUUAAAAAUCAGUCACCCCAACGACAUUGUGCAAUUCUCCAUUACGAUUAUCGUGGGCUGUAUGGAGAGAUAAUUAAAUAGGGAAAACAAUCAGAGAUAUUUGACAACAUAACCUGAUAAAAUAUAUUCAUUAUUCAAUAUUCAGUCACAUCUCAUGAUUCUAUUAAUUUAAUUUUCAAUUACUGCUCUCAAUAUUCACUUGUUUUUAUUUACAUGCAGCAUUUCGUCGCUUUGUUUUUUCAUCGAGAGCGGAUGAUGAAUUUUAGAAUUAUUAAAUGUACUGUAUCCUUAAUUGGGCAUUUAUUAUUCCGUGGAUUUUUUGGGCCAUUCAAUGAGCGAAGGGUUACGUAAUUACUGAUUAUCACCUUUGUGAUGAAUUCCAUUCAUUAACAAUUUUUUUUUAAACAUUUCUUAAUUGUUGACGAUUCAACUAAUAAAAUGUGUUCUCUUAUUUCAUGAUGUGUUUCGAUGAUUCGACUGGACUACAGCAUUGGUUACACUGGCAUUUGCUGGCUCCAUAGGUAUGACAUUUGUCAUCCUGGGAUGCGCUCUUCCUACUUAUGCAUCAUGGUGGCCACUAUUUGUAAUUCUUUUCUACGUACUUGCACCGAUUCCAACUCUGAUUGCACGAAGAUACACCGAGGAUUCGGGUAGUAACAGCAAUCCAUGUCUCGAGUUAGCGAUAUUUAUUACAAUGGGAAUUGUCGUGUCGUCUUUUGCUCUUCCCAUCGUUUUGGCACGAGCUCCAGCUGAUGAGGGAACCAUCAAACCAGGUGCCUGUUAUUUGACUUUGGCUGGAAAUGUAGUGGUAUAUUCGACGCUCGUCGGCUUCUUCAUGACAUUCGACCAGGACGACUCUGACUACAGCAUGUGGUGAAGGACUCAUAACAUUUACUCCUUCGCGUUUAAAAAAAUUCAUAGAAAAACCAAAAAUAUUCUCUGAAAAAUUCCAUUGAUUGUGAAUUUUUCUAUUGGAACUCCAAAGAAAUUCCUUUGAGGUUUCAUCACAAUUAUAUUUGAAAUUCCCAGAAUAUUUCAGAUGAAGUUUAAGGUAUUCCUAUGAAAUUUUUCACACGUGUUUUCCUUAAUUUUAUACGAAUCGAUAAAGAAAACAUUGCGAGGAGCACUGACUGAUGGCAACGCUUUAAUUUUUAAUUACUAAAAAUACAAGUGAAUAAAUAUAAAUACCAGUGGGGAGAUUCAUUGAGAAGAAGAUUUACCCCGUCAUUACUUUAUUGUACCCUUAAUGGUAACUAGCAGUUGCGUAGGUUGUACAGACUAUUGUCAUUUAACUUUAACUUCGUUAAUUUAGAGGAUUACAGAUCCCCUGGUAAUGUACUAAUCAUGUUUACAUCUGAAUUAUGCAUUUGUUUUCCUUCUCUCAAUUUCAAUCAACUGUACGGAUUUGUGCAACUGAAUUCGGAGAUCGGAAUUAUGCUGUUGAACUGUUUUUACAAUUAUGGCAAUUAACAAGGCAGAGCAAUGCGAAAUUGUAUUCAUGAAAUCAUGUCAUUUUUCUCGAUUUUCUGUGAUGAUAAGUUUUAAUAAAAAUUGAGAAUCUAUUGUA